CCGCCUCGCCGUUUGCCUGUCCAGAUUUGCGUGUCCGUAGCUGGUGGCUAAAGCGACUUUCCGGCUGUCAGUUCCACAGAGCGGUGACAGCUGAAGAUAUUUUCUCUCCAUCUCUGCCUUCAGUAUAGUCGCCACGAUGUUUGAAGAGGCGAGUGAGGUUUUCGAUAACAUGUUCAAGUCAUCGUUUCCCCUUACCUUCAUUGUGUUCAUCCCCGCGGUGCUGAUCCUGGUGUCCCCGCUCCCGGCCGAGGCGGCACAUGAGUUCACGGUGUACCGCAUGCAGCAGUACGACCUGCAGGGACAGCCCUACGGUACCAGAAACGCCAUUCUGAACACCGAGGCUCGUACUGUGGAGGCAGAGGUACUAAGUCGCCGCUGUGUUAUUAUGCGACUGGCAGACUUCUCUUAUGAGAAGUACCAGAAAGCCCUGCGCCAGUCAGCAGGAGCUGUGGUCAUCAUCCUGCCCAGCAAUAUGUCGGCAAUGCCACAGGACAUAGUACAGUUCAUAGAGCUGGAGCCAGAGAUGUUGGCUACAGAGACUAUUGUCCCAGUCUACUUUGCUAUGGAGGACGAUGAGCUCCUGUCCAUCUACACCCAAACCCUGACCUCCUCUUCCUCUCAGGGUUCCUUGUCAGCAGCUGAAGUGCUGCUGCACACGGCCACAGCCAACGGCUUCCAGAUGGUCACCAGUGGAGCACAGAGUAAAGCCGUCAGUGACUGGGCCAUCACCAGUUUGGAGGGACGGCUGGCUGGAGUUGGAGGAGAGGAUUUGCCCACUAUCGUCAUUGUGGCUCAUUAUGACUCCUUCGGUGUUGCUCCCUGGCUGUCAUACGGAGCGGACUCCAACGGCAGUGGAGUGUCAAUGCUGUUGGAGCUGGCGCGUCUCUUCUCCAAACUCUACACCUACAAAAGGACACACGCUGGGUACAAUCUUCUUUUCUUUGUGUCUGGUGGAGGAAAGUUUAACUACCAGGGCACUAAACGUUGGUUGGAGGAUAAUCUGGACCACACAGACUCCAGUCUUCUGCAGGACAACGUAGCCUUCGUUUUGUGUCUGGACACUCUGGGGAACAGUGACUCUCUGCACCUUCAUGUGUCUAAACCCCCUAAAGAGGGAACUCCUCAGUAUUCUCUGCUCAGAGAGCUGGAACUCGUGGUUAGUAGCCAGUACCCAGAGGUCAAGUUCUCUAUGGUUCACAAGAAAAUCAACCUGGCUGACGACAUGCUGGCCUGGGAGCACGAGCGCUUUGGGAUUCGCCGGCUGCCGGCUUUCACUCUGUCGCAUCUGCCCUCACACCGCCUGGCUCAGCGCUCCAGCAUCAUGGACGUGCGGUCAGUGUCCCUCUCCUCUCGCCACGGAGCGGGGGAGCCCCCUGCUGGGCCUCAUGUAGAUGUGAAAAAGCUCAACAGGAACACCAAGGUGGUAGCAGAGGCUUUGGCCAGAUUCAUCUACAACCUCACAGAGAAGGGAGCCCCUGCAGACCUGCAGAUAUUCACUGAACAAAUGCAGGUGCAGGAGGAGCAGCUUUCAGCCGUGGUGGACUGGCUGACUGCGCAGCCCCGAGCUGCUCAGCUGAUGGACAAAGACAGCAGCGUGGUCUCCACUCUGGAGUAUCACCUCAGCCGCUACCUCAAGGACGUCAAGAGACACUACGUCAAAGCAGACAAAAGGGACCCAGAGUUCGUCUUCUAUGACCAGCUCAAACAGACUAUGAAUGCUUACAGAGUGAAGCCUGCAUUUUUUGACUUGCUGCUUGCUGUCUGCAUCGCCGGCUACUUGGGGAUGAUGUAUCUGGCCAUCCAGAACUUCGGAGUCCUGUACAGUGUUGUCCGCAGGAUCACCCAGCCCAAGACAAAGACCCACUAAAGCAAAACAACACUUUGUUUUCCUCCAGACCUCACCUGUUUCCUGAAAUCAAAAACUCUAGCCAGGAAGAACACAGCUGCUGUUCUUGCGAUUGUUUUCAAACCAGCAGAAUCACCUUUGUUUCCUUCUUCAUGAUCCACAAACUAUGAUGUCAGAUCCUGUCCUGCUGCCAGCUUAAUCCACCUGGUCUUGUGGGCCAGAUAAUCAGGAAUCUUCUUUCUCUCAGCAGAUGUCUUGUUAUUUGUAUCAGAUAAUCCAUCGCAUUUGCAAUAUUUCAUUACUCGCCUCUCAUGCGACAUGUAAACCAUCUGUCCACGCCUCAGAGGUCUGGAUGAGAGUGAGAGGUUGUGAUGUCGCGGUAGCACCGAUCUCUCUUCACUCCCAUUUUAAGCGUACGAGUGAUUAUUCUGCCAAACUGAUGUCACGUUGUCUCGGGCAGCUAGAGGAGGAAACAGAUUGCAGAGUUUAGCCCAGGUGUCUUUUGGUAAAGGAGAGAUUCAAAUUUUUAUUUUAAUACAGUACUCGGAUCAGUCGCUGUAAUCAACCACCGUCGUCGUCCUGCAUUUCUGUAGUGUUUCUGAAGUCCAGCUGUAUAUAAAAUCAGCUUCAGGCUGAGGAAACUACAAGUUCAGACUCUUAGAAUCAUGUCAGCAUGGACAUGUUAUCUAUCGAGUGCUGUCUUAAUCUAAAAAUGUGAACUUAACCUGUAAAAGCUCAGUGAAUAAAAAUGUUAAAACACAAAGUUUACGCAAAAGACAAGUUGUCUAAAUAAAAUGUGAAGUAGUGUUUAGAUAAACCAGAUGGUAGUUAAGUCACUAAAAGAAAUUUAAAGCUAUGUAUCUGACCAUUCAUUACUGUGUAUGAAACCUUCCAUAUAUCCCCAUAUACAGUGUGUAGGUACAGAGUUUAAGCAGAUCCCACCUUGACGUCUUUGUGUGUUUUGUCACGUUUUCUGUUUGAUUCACUAUAAUCGCGUGAUGUGAUUUUUCCAGCCCUAGUGUUUUGUUUUGUAUCCUGGAUGAGAUAAAAAUGAUGUUGGUGCAGUAGCACAAGUUUUGAUUGAUAAAGAGGAUUUGACUGAGUUUGACCGUGUGUUCAACCACACUGUUGCUUCCUCGACCUGUUGUCAGCCUCAGUGUUGCCUCAUAGUGGUGAACUUUUCCUCGUGUUACUGCAUGGCACCUUCAACUGUCGCCAUGGCAACAAUUACAGGAUUUCUCUUAUUUACAACACGAGAAAAAACUGUGUCGUACAUAAAACAUUUUAAAUUAUUUAUUAGCAGCUGACGUUUGUGCACUGAAAUGAACUCUCCUCGGGCCUGAACUCUGUUUCACCUCAUCCACAACACUUGAUCUUUGCAAUGAAAAUGAUCUCAGAUGUGAUUGACAAUAAAUCACAAAAGUCGUGUCUA